GGUGAUACUGGGGCUUAAACCAUUUACUAUAAAACUGAUGCAGCUUUCAAACAAGUACAUGAAAAUCAACCUGUGAGUUCAGUAAUGACCAGCACUACUCUUAAACAUAUGACCAACUGCGCUGUACACUUCAUUGCCCAGCAGUGUUCCGAUAGGGCGGGGCGUUUUCCCCGUCCCCCCAGUUAACAACUUCUCAACGAUUGGCUUUAGGACGUCACGUGACUUGAUGUCAAAAUGGCGUCUCCGAAUGGAGCUGAGGACUUUGAGUCGUCUUUGCUGAGUUAUGAAAAGCUUGACCGAGCUUCACCUGACCUCUGGCCAGAACAGUUGCCAGGGGUUUCAGAAUUUGCUGCUUCAUUUAAAAACCCAAUAACAAAUUCUCCACCCAAGUGGAUGGCAGAAUUGGAGUCUGAAGACAUUGAAAUGUUGAAAGAGCUGGGAAGUCUGACCACAGCUAAUCUGAUGGAAAAAGUGAAAGGGCUGCAGAAUUUGGCAUAUCAGCUGGGCUUAGAAGAGUCCAGAGAAAUGACGAGAGGGAAAUUCCUUAACAUCUUGGAGAGGCCAAAAAAAUGAAGCCCGAUGGGAGGACUGACUGUGUUUGGACCCAUCAUAAGAGACUUUGUAGCAAAAAUAACAGUGCCAUGAUCUGUAACUUUUGAAAAGCUUAGCUGGAUACAUUUAUUUAUAUACGCAGAAUUACCAGGUUAUAAGGUAUAUAUGCAAGCAUCUACCAUUUUCUCAGGUAAACCUACCAUGUAGGUGUACUGUCUAGAGGGAUAAUUACUAUUUACUGUAGCUAAACUGUUCAUAUGUACAGUCUGUCAGCUGCUGGCGUCCACGUUGACUGGGGAAGGGGUACAUUAGGACCAUGGCUGACCAGGUAUCAUUCAAGUGUGAAAACAGGUGCAUCAGUGACACUGAGCUGGCAGUGUGUGUGUGUGUGUGUGUGUGUGUGUGUGUGUGUGUGUGUGUGUGUGUGUGUGUGUGUGUGUGUGGCACUGGUGUGUAUCAGUUGCACCAUGUAGGUGCAACAUCUUUAGUCAAAAGCAGACAAAAAUAUCCCACCAACAGCAUCUCGAGCUACUGAUGAAUAAUAAGCUAAAGUGUGUAACUGUACACCUUCAAGGUGCGUCAAACAGCCUGCGUUUAUUAAGUGGCCAGUAAAAAACAGUGUUUAAAAGCAUAGUGCGGUUCUGCUGAUAUUCAUACGAGCACAACACACUAUCAUGUUGCCGUCAUGCUGAAAAGUGUUCAGCACUGGUCUACAGUGGUUCGUUACCAGUAAGUGGAUAAGGUUUAGUCGCCUCUAAUCUACAUGAUUCUAUAUGGUAGGUGUACCUGAAGAAAUGGCAAGUGGGUGUAGUUACAGGUAGGGUGACCUGAUGCAAGUUCCAAUACAUGUAUAAUGUGUAAAAUAUUUUGGAUUGUUUUUCCUUAAUUAAAUGCUGUUUGUCUGCUUUAUAUUUAA